AUGUUUGCCCACGCUCGUCAGCCCGCUACUUCGCGCAAAAAGAAAACCUUCGGACAACCAGCCUGUAAGAAACUGGCGGAUUCCUAUCACGCCGUAUCCUCCGAACGUAGCACUGUGGAUCCUCUCGACAAAGUGAGAUCACAGGCCUGUCGCGAUGCAUGCCGCUCAGCGUACUUCAGCGUUGAGAAGGUUUAUCAAGCCGAAGACUUCUUUCAAGAACUCGACAAGAGAAUUACGGGAGGCCAGAUCGCCGACUUGACUGCUUUCACCGGCGGUGUCAAAAUCUCAUGGAACAAGAGGUUUACAGCUACGGCUGGUCUAGCCAAAUGCAAGCGCGGACUUUACCCUUCCGCCACCAUCGAGUUGUCCGAUAAGCUCCUUGACGACCGUGAACGCCUGCUCAACACUGUUGCUCACGAAUUUUGUCAUGUCGCAAACAUUCUGAUCAGCGGGGACCUUCGCUCGCACGGAACUGGUUUCAGAGAGUGGGCUAAGAAAUGCGAAGUGGCCUUCAACGAUCUCGGCAUCAAGGUCACAAGAGAACACAACUACAGCCCGAAGUUCGAGUACAUCUGGACAUGCACUAACAAGAAGUGUGGCGAAGAGGUUGGCUACCACAGCAAGAGACUUGAUCCCAAGCAAGAUGAUUGUCGUCACUGCGGCGGUCUUUUGGUGCAGACAAAUCCAGUAGCUAGAGUGCUCAAGACUCGUCGUGACUGGGACACCUGA